AUGAAUCUUUUGAAGAUCACGUUAUAUCCAAAAUGCUUGGUGGAUAAAAUUGAAACAGCAGAAGUGUUUUUAAGUAAAGUACAAAAUUACCUCAACAGUCUUGAAUACAAUUAUACUGGAAUGCAGUUCUUCCAAAUAAAUCGAGGUGCAUCUAUUGUUAGACUUGAGGAGGUUGUAAAAAUGAUAAUGUUGGCUUCACUCCCUAUAAAAUGUCUGGAGGCAACAAUAUUAGCCAUUUUUCUCACACAAGGUCAAGAAUACCUAAAACGUUUUACAAUAUCCUUCGUUUCUGAAUUCAGUGGUAAAGUAUUUAGACACGUCGUGCUUGGAAUAUACUCCAGUGGUUUAUUUGGUGCAUUGGGGUUGAGUCGACGAGAAAAUCUGAUGUAUAAACCGCUUAACUUCCCAAGUUUAUCUUUACUAAUAAAUAAUUACACUGAAGCAUAUCAUGGUCAUCAUCAUAAGUUAUUGAGAGUGAAAAUUGGUCUACCUAUCUCACAUCGACCGUAUAUGUUGGAAAAAAUCCAAUGGAAGGGUAUCCUUAUCCCAUUUAACAAAGGGUAUACUAAAAAAGAUGUAAACAACAUUUUGGAUCACUAUUCGCGAUUCUUACGGGGUUCAACUAAUGUGAUUAUUAGAAAGAGUCUGCCAAAUAUAUCUUCAGAUUCAUUCAAAACAGCAAAAAAAAAACAGAAUCCUUCCUACAGAAAAGUAAUACGUUUAGGUAUGGUUCGAAAUGAAUCGGACAAUAAGGUCUCAUCAUUGUUAUCAACUUCAAGUACCUGGAGAAGUGAUACAAAUUUACCAAUUAUUAAUUCAAAAGUUGCAAGAAGCCAAACAUCAACAAACUCUUAUGAAGUACGAAUUUGA